UUGCAGAUUGAAUAAAAUUUAUUAGAAACAAAGAAAUAUAUGCUUUGGAGUAGUCGAACAUAAUUGUUUACUAAAUUCAAAAAAAUCUUUCUCUCUGUAUAGAAAGUUGCAGGGGUAUACUUGAGAAAAUAGCAACAGAGAUAUUUAUUUAAAGGAUGUGUCUAUAAAAAUACUAUUUAAAAUAAUUUUGUAUAAUAAAUAUAAUAAAAUAGUUACUAUUUGACAUAUACAAGCGCGAAACAAAAUAUACAUCCCUUGUAAAAAUGUAAUACUGAGCAGUAUAUUGACCAGUAAUUAUUACUUAUUUUGAAUAUUAAAAGUACUAAUACCAGUGAUUUUAAUACUUAAAAUAAGUAUUACUUACUGGUCAAUUUAAUACUGCUCAGUAUUGUACGUUUUUAUAAGAGAUUUACAUACAGAAAAUUGAAAACAUUAAUAUAUAUAUAUAUAUCUGUUCAUCUCCAUGAAUUUUUACAAAAUGAAAAAUAAAUAUAAGUUUAAACGUCGACGAAAAAGAGAGCGAAGAUACCAAGCGCAAAAAAUGCAAGCAAGCACAGAUUUAAUAUAUCUCCCUCGAUGUCACACAAUCUUGAAAACAAAAAACAGAACUUCGAUAUAGUUUCGAAGAAAUUCAAGUCGACUAAAAUGGGACAAACUGAAUAUUCAAUAAACAUAUAUCUAAAAGAGAGGAAACGAAGAUGUUGAAUGCAAUAAUUGCAAGCAACGCAGACACAUCAUGACAUAUCGAAAUGUAAAAUAUCUUAUUUCAGGUAAAUAUAUUACAUAAAUGUUAAAUAGUAUUUGCUUUUUCUCAUGUUUAUUACACCAAAUACUUAUUUUAAAUAGUACUUUAUAUAAAUACAUCUUUUAAAUAAAUAUUUCUGUUAAAUUUAUUCAAAUUUUUUUCUCAGCUGUUUUUUUUGUAUACUGAUAGGACGUCAAAAAAAAAGAAGAAUGUUGACGUAAGCGCUUCUGGAGACAAACUUUUCGCAUUUGUACAUUUUUAGCUUAGAAGUUGUGAAUAAAGUGUAAAACUAAAGAUAUUUAUGUAACUAAGAUUCGAGAUACGAUUUCUUUCGCUUCCUCGUCAGUUUCUUUUUUAUUAUCGGUAAUAUGUACAUGUGAGUUACGCGUCAUCCGGUCGACAAGAGCAAAAACAUUUCGUCACGAGGAUAGCCCCGACAGAAUCUCCUGCACGUGUAGCGCAGAAGAGCGAGCUACACGAUGAUGAAGGCAGGACUCGUUUGGAUGGCGCACCGACGAGAUCCUUCCCAGGCGUUUUUAAUUUAUUCCGAGGAAUUUUUCUUGCUCGGACUGGGUGUGAUCCUCUUUGGAAUAGUCGGCGCCUUGUCGCUCGCGUCCAUCGACAGCGUCCCCGAGGAUCUCGUCGACAAUGCCGCGGUCUUGGGAGCGCUCUGCCUGUUCACGGCGUUGGUAUUCAUCGGGGACCUGCUGAUGAGUCCACCCCGUAGGAAGGACAGGCAAGACGAGGCACGAAUCCUCGAGAAAGAUAAGGGGAAGCGCCAGGUGACGCCGGUGGUGACCGCCGAGGACACGAAAAAGCCGAAGCCAACCAUUGUGAAGAUCCCCGCCGAGGAGGAGAACGGUCGCGUGAACGAUGCUUUCCAGAAGGCGGGCGACGAUCGUCGCCACGAUCCCGCGCAGGAGUCGCCGCGUACACGUCCGCGGGACGAUCGGGACGAUCGCGAGCUACGCGGCGAUCAGGAGCCGAGGGAGAACCUGGAGAACGGCCGUGCCUUACGUGACUCGCAGCGGUACCGAGAGAUCACGGUCGCGCGCGAUCCCGAUCGCAGGAUCGACGAGUCCAGGAUAAUGUACAAGAGCCGGGACAUCUAUCAGCGGCCGAUCGACGAGAUCGACACGCCGCGCUUCCCGACGGAGUACGAGAAGGGCGAUCCGAUCUUCGCGAGGAUUGUCAAUCCGAGCGUGAAGAUCAUGAAGGUCGAGCGAGACGUGGAGGAGGCUAUCGAUAACUAUAACAGAUAUUCAGAUAACAGCCAGUACGACAACGUGCCCAUUAAGAUGCGCGGUUCAUCCGGGAUUCUCAGGGGCCAUCAUCGCGACGUGUCCUUCAACGUGCCACCACCGCCCAAGGACUACCGAUCCAGAAGGUCCAAGGAUGACAUCGAGAUGCUGGAGGAGUACUUCGGCGUAUUGAAAAGCACUGGCACGCAAACCGCGCGGUCACCGUCCUCACCGACCGAUCCAGGAUACGUUCGGCAUACUGCAAGUAACUGGCCGCAGGACGUUAAGUCGAGCACACCGAGACCUAGCCCGGAACAUUCGAGAAUUUAACCCUUUCAUGCGCUGGCAUUUUCUCUCAGUCUCCUUUCUCUAAUUACAAGAUCAUUGGUCAAUUAUAGUUCAGUAAGAACAUCAAUAUAAUUUUUUUCUUUAAUUAGUAUUAUGAAAUUAAGAAUUGAAAUUUUUCCGAGAGAUUUUUUUUCUCUGCUAAUCUUAUAAAUAUUGUCUAUAUUCCGUUAUUUCCCUGUAAUGUUUCAGACUUGUUAAAUAUUUCCACAAUUUAGCCAUGAAAGGAUUAAGGAAAAAUGACGAUCGUUGAUAUUAUAGACUCUUCGAUAUUUUUUGUAAGAUUUUUGUAUAUGGUAGAGAUAUAACAAUUAGGAAACAAAAUUCGUUAAGUCCAAAAAUUCCUCUUUAAAAAAAGAAAAAGAAAUAAGGAAAUGUUUCACUUCAAAUUGAAGUUGAAUAGAAAAUUUAUGUGAUUUUCCUAAUUUUUCUAUUAUUCUAUGUAAUUAACUUAAUUCGAUUCAAAUUUUAUAACAAUAAGACAGAGCAUGGAUUUUGGACUUAAUUAUUAUUAUUGCGCACCAGACACGCGCGCGAGAUACCACAACGCAUUUAUACUUAAAUAGUAUUAGUUAUAAUAAAUAAAUUAAGAGGAUAGAGAGAGCUACAUACGUAUAUAUCACAGGACUGUAAUUUCUUAAGGCCCUUCACUGCAGCUAUCUUGGAUUGAUGACAGAGGCGAGAAAAUAAAACAGGAAAAUUCUUGCAACGUACAUUAAAAUAGAAAUUUUUCAAAACAUUCAUCAUAACAUAGCAUUUUUAAUCGAUAGACUAAACUUGUAAAAUAUAUCGAAAACUCAACCUUCGCAUUUAUAUAAAUGCAAUAAAUGUGUAUCAAAUUGAAUUUCACGUAAUCAAGGAAGAAAGCGAGCUAUCGAAUUUAAAUAAAUGUUUGCUUUUAUAUUAUAUAUAAUCUUAUGACGAAAUGGAAGUCGUCGGUAUAUUUUUUAGCACUACGAUUAAUUAUUUUAAAAUAUUGCACUAAAAUGAAAAAUACAUUGCAAGAAUAAUUUAGUUUUUUAACAUGUCACUUUUCACGCAUACACUAUACUGAAUGUAUUUAUAUGUGUAUAUUUUAUGUCGAGAGAUAUGGAAUGUGAGUUUUUUUUCACCGCUUCGAUUUAAACCAAGCUACCAUCAACGCGAAUUUGGCAAGCGGAAGUUUUAAACGCCUUUUAAUGACUUUUUUUAGUUUAUAUGUCUAUUGGUUUUGGAAGUUUUACUUUGCAGACCUGUGCGACAGUCGGGAUAGAUAAAGGGUCGGAAAGAAAUAACACAUCUUUCUUUUACUCGUAAAAAUUUCAAUAUAAAGUUAAUAUCUUCGUUCACAUCUCGUACUCCUAUAUGCAUAUACGUACAAUUAUUAUUAAUAAUCUGAUGAUAACAUAUAUAAUCGCUGCAUGGUUAGUCACACCUUCCACACUCAUCAGGACGCGUGUUAACAUUAAUGUUAAUAUUACACUGCCAUGAUAGAUGUAAUUUCUAUAUUUGCGUUUAUUCGUCACAGUCAAUGUCAAAACCGUUAAAAGUACCAAUUAUAUUCCUUGUCUGUUGUUUUCUUUAUGAAUGAAUUUCUUAAAAUGUAUAAAUAAAUGCUAUACAAGUCCA